UGCAGCCAUUCACACGCUGCACGCGCACACCUCAGCAUCGACAGUGGACCCUGGCUCUGAGUGAGUGGCUUACUGUGACUACAGGCCACGUAGGCAGCCUGUGGACUCGGCAUCGACAGUGCACCCUGGCUCCUCUGUACACUACAGUCUUGUCAUAGCUGCUGUGUCACCACCACUAAAGGAAUUACCCAGAUGGCGCUCACACUCUCCUCGUUCCCAUCGCAACCACUGCCGUCAGAUCACCUGAUGAGCUUCAACGACAUCAGUGAGUGUAUGACUUCCCUCAGUGACGUCUUCAACCCUUACCUGGUCAAAACAGAGCCAGCCUCCCCCGAGGAGAGCAUGGACACCACCAGCACCAGCUGUGGCGCCACCUACACGGACCUGUCGUCCCCCAACUUCUCUCAAAUCCUAGCCAGCCAGACAGAUUUGUACCGAGACAACAGCAGCUGCAACUUCAGCAGCUGGACAUACCGCCACCCCGAACACUGGGGGCGGCAGGAGGUGCUGGACUGGGUCUUCUUCAUCGCCGAGGUGGAGAACUUUGACGGCGCGCGCUUCUGUGGGGAGGCGUACCAGGGGCUGAGCGGCCAACAGCUUUGCUCCUUGUCACAGCGCGACUUCGUGGCCCUCGACAGGCACUACGGGGCUCGCCUCCACAGCGUCUUCCAGUCCCUCUCCUCCGGAGCGUCGUUUAACGAGCCCAGUCCACCGGAAGUAUUCCGAGGUCAGACGGUGGGCAACGUGCCGCACUUCCUGCUCAUUAACGAGGGAGACAGCGACACACCCAUCGACCCUCCCGACAACAAUCCUCCCACACCUACCACAGACAACACACUAGGGAUCAUUGUCGACCAAAACGAGGUGAAGGUCGAUUUAGGAGAGCUGGGUAUCUACCCCAUUGACGUCACACUGGGCGGCAACAACCAGGUGCUUGACGAGAUCAGCGACAGCGGCUACCACUCAGCAUCAGAGGGCAGCCAGGGUCACCGGAGUCCAGCGCCUGUAGAAGCACCCUGCCCAGACUCCACCUUCUCCUACUCGGAUGACGAGGACCUCGAUGUGACCUGUGCAGACUACCCGCAUAAAGCUCCCUCAUCCAGCGUGUCCUCCGACAGCGGCUGUGAGACAGACGACAAACCCAAGAACGGGUCAAAGCGGAGACCAUCCUCGACAGCCAAGGGAAAUCACUUGUGGGAGUUUGUCCGCGACCUGCUGAAAGACUCGCGCUUUAACCCCUCGCUUCUCAAGUGGGAGGACAAGGACCAGGGGGUCUUCAAGUUCGUGCAGUCGGAGGCUGUGGCUCAGAUGUGGGGGCGCAAGAAGAAUAACCCCGGAAUGACCUACGAGAAACUAAGCAGAGCCAUGAGGUUUUGCCGGUCAGCGGGCUACUUCGAGAGUGUCCCCAAGACCGGGCGCUUCCCCAAGAAGCUGUGCUUCAAGUUCGGACAGAAGGCCCACGACUGGCGAGACUAGGCGCCGGACACCCGCAGCCUUCAGGUAGCCCCCCAGUCACAGGAAGCGUCCUGCACGUGGACCACGUGAGUGCGUCAUUGCCCGCAGGACGCCGGUCCUUACGUCACUGUCAUGCGCAGGCGCAGGUGACGUGACACAGGGGUGUGGUGCCAAAGACAAGCUCUGGAAGAAGCAGGCAGCCAAUACUACCUCGUGUUGGGAGGACGGACUUGUCUAGUCACGGGUGGAGUGUCCACACACACACACACCGUCACACACGUGGAACCACGGCCAGCGGUCACACGGUCACACGGCGCUGGACCUGCAGCUUGUGGACCUGCAGCUUGUGGACCUGCUGCACAAAACCUGUGUUGGAUUCUUGCAUUCCCUUCGUUUCCCCGAUUCCCCCCAACCACCACCAUGCGGUGGUUUGUGAUUGCGUCUUUCACCGGAGGAGGGGGGUAGGACGAGUUGGGGUGGUGCGGCCCGACUCGCCCCUCUCCUGUGGAAGAAUCUCACGGACAGGAUCAUUAACUUACACCCGCCAAGUUAUGGCCGCGACUGGAUCACCUCACAUUCCGCUGUAUGUCAACUGUCCACAAGACAUGGCAGACCACUGCCACACCUUCAUUACAGACACUCCGUGUGGCAGCCAAUCAGAAAUGACUGACUUGUGACUGACACUCAGUGCACCUGGCAGCUUCCAUUCAUCUUCUACAUUCCUCCACUCACCUUCGCCUACAUUCAUCCGCUGAAAGUCCCUUUUCCACAAAUAGCAGGAAGGAGGCUGGGUGUAGUCCGUGAAGAUAAUUAUUUGAAUUAGUGUCGUGGCCUCACCCUCGGAGCUUGGUUAGACAGUUCAUCGUGAGUGGUACAUCGUGCUACACAGCUGGCUGCUUGCUGCAGGCCUCCCCUGUAAGCCCACACAUAACAAAUUAAUAAUCAUCUCAUCUACUUCCAACUGUGGCUUGAAGAUAGUCUGCCUGGUGCCUGGCGGAUGAUGCUUCCAGUCUACAAGAGGUCACAAGGUCACACCCUACCCCCCCAGGCUUACCUGAAUCGCGGAAAUGAGGGAUCACUUCCACAAGCGGGUCAGGGCCUGGCCUGGGGGUGGGGUUGGGGUGGGUCCGUUGACCUUAGCUGUCCUCAGGCUGUUAGCAUCAUGUAGCACCCACUGUCCCUCCUAAUGUUAGAAUACUCACGAGUUCUGUGCUCACGAUGAUGGCCGACAGACAAGCCACCACGAGGGGGAGCAUACGACAGGUUACAAAGAACAUUAGAGGAAACAAAGGUCAGCUACAGCAGUUUGCGCCAUUGGUCGCCCGAGGGAUGUCAUGUGUCACAUGUGUGUCACACGGCACACUCGUCCCUUGGAUACUAGUGAUGUGGCAGUUCUCGCUGAUGAUGUGCUCAAUCGUGUGCAACUCGUUGCCUUGGUAACCUUUUGUUAAACUCCUGGUAACAUCGCGCUGUCUGCGCCUCUUAAUACAAUUUCUUUGUUCAUUAUUUCUAAAGAUGCCAACACCUCAUGUUAGCUACUUGGGUGUCGCACAUCCGGGCUUUGUUUUCCUAGAAUGUUUACAGUUGUGCUGGGAAGUCUGUAAACAAGGAAAUGAAACAAGCGAACAGGCAGACACGCAUUCUUUCUGUCAUCAGUGUUGGCAACAGGCAGGGGCACGUGUCACAUGACACAUGACAUGUCACAACCCUAGCUUGUAGCAUGACAUCUCUCACGGUUGGUGGGUCUUGCCUUGUAUUUGUGUGUUUGCUACAUCGGGAUGUCAAUGUAUGUGACUGUUACAGUCUUGUAGCCCUAUUAUCAGGGUGGAAUGAUAAUCUCAUGCAGUCGCUGGCCUCGUGGCGGGCUGGCUGGACCUGUGUCAUGGCCUGCACACUGCUCAGUAUUAGCUGGACAAUCACAUGUUGUCAGCACUGCACCCUCAUCCUUCACUGUCAUGUGACAUAUCAUGUGACUUCAUAGGUGGUGGGUAGAUCAGCUGGGGUGGGGGCUAUGUAUCACUUAUUAUAAUCUUUAAAAACAUCACCAUUGUUAUUUUGUUACUAUAUAUAUAUAUCAAAUGACUUGUUGGUUUUAUGAAAGACUAUUUUUGUAAAUAAACCGCUGAUAAUGUUGUAA